AUGCCACCAAGAACAGAAGAGGUAAACAUUAGGGAGAAAGAGAAAGAAUAGUGUGCUCAUAAGACCUAAAUUUGUACAUGCAGUUGCUUUAAUGGCACUCAAGAGAAAGAAGGCGUAUGAAAGCAAUAUCGAAAAAAUCAACGGAGCUCGCAUGACUAUCGAAACACAAAUGAUGGCUAUUGAAAACGCCAAUGUUAAUUUGGAAACCAUGGGAGCCAUGCGUGCAGGUGCAGAAGCCAUGAAAAAUAUACACGGUUCCAUGGACAUUGAUAAGGUAGAUGCCACCAUGGACGAUAUUCGUGACCAGAUGGAUGUCGCCAAUGAGAUUUCAGAAGCAAUCUCUCGACCUGUUGGUAUGGGUGAGGACUUGGACGAGGACGAUUUAUUGAACGAGUUGGAAGAAUUGGAACAAGAAGAGUUGGAUGCCAAGAUGUUGGAAACUCCUUCACCGGUAGUCUCUGCACCCAAUGUGCCCAAUAAUAAGCCAGCAUACAAACAACCAGUUGUUGAGGAAGAUGAUGAAGAGGCUGAACUUAGGGCACUUCAAGCUAGUAUCGCCAUGUAAACUUCUUUUUGUUUAUUAUUAUUGUAUGGAUCUAAUCAGUCACUUAAAUAUCUUUUGAUGAAUUUUUGUUGGUGCGUACCUGGAAUUGAUGUGACUGAAAUGUGAAUAAAAUGGGCUUUGUUCAUACUUUUAAGGGAAAUUAUAAGUUACUGUCACUCUAGAAUGAUCAUUCCAGUGCUGAUUUGGGGGUGGGGCUAUUAGAAACACACCUUUGUCUAGUAAAAUUAUAGGUACCCCCAAAGAUUGUGUUUUAGUCUCGUAAUCUCUGAUUGCAAAAUAUAGUAACUUUCAUUAAAAAAUCAAAAGCAAAAUUUCUCGAUAAUAGUUUUACUACUGAUACACAAACGAAAGGUACAUGCGUCAA